AUGCCAACUUACUUAACAGAUCUAGUGGGAUAUGGCCCCGAGCUCCAAACGCAGCAACGAUUUUACCCUUUAAAACGACCCAUUGUCAAGGGGCUUCGAGAAGCCGCGAAACAAUUCCCAAAGACGCCCAAUACAGCAAAUCGCUCUGGUCCUGAGAAUAGUAUUGUGCUUCACUCUGGCUGCUUUGGAAUCUUCCCUAUCGAGACACGGGUUCAAAUCGCAACUUACCUUUCUACCGUCGACUUCCUAAGUCUACGACAGUCAUCCCGAGCAAUGGUAGUUGUCUUUGGAAUGCAAUCAUUCUGGAAGUCAAGAUUCUUAGCGAAUGGAGACCGUGGGUUUCUGAACUGUCGAGCAGCAGAUCCCAGAAACUAUGAUAGCAAGGACUGGCGACUCAUAUACCGCUGUACAGCAAAGAUUGAUCGGUCUCAUGAGCACCUCUGGGCGGCACGGCGACAGUGGAGAAAUAACCGAUGGCUAAGAGAAAGAUAUUCAAUGAUCAGAGCCUCGGACGAGCACAUUAUCUCCAGCCAGAGAUUACUUGGUGAAUUAUGCUGGAAAGAGGUUUCUACUGGACUUCGAUGCGAUAGAGAUGGCAAACAAGGGAAAGAUUGGAGGAAAUGUCGCACUUGUCGGGCGAAGCAUACCUUCUUUUCUCAAGUCGCUCUAUUAGAAAGCUCUAUCACCGGCUUAGCUGUGUCCAUCCUGCGCGAGGGGACAGAGACCUAUAUUACUGGUUUCGACCUGCUGAAUGCAGAUCCGGAAAGGCCAAACACAAUUUUUGGGUAUCGGCUACCAGGUGAAUUCGUGACAAUAAAUCUUUACGGUGAGCAACUGAUAGGAUUUACGGUGAUUAACGGCGAAGCUGGAAUACAUGCAAUACGCCCCAUUUUCAAUAAGACCACCACCACCACCACCACCACCACCACUAGCUGGGUAGGACUACCAGAGGGUAACGGGAUCUGCAAUUCAACGGAACUAGUCCUUGAGCGAGAGAUUAAAGCUAUUUCGGGGAAGUUCGAUUUUGUGACCAUCUUCAGGGCUGCCUCCCAGUGA